AUGUUUCUACUACCUUCACACCAACGGCAGCUCCGGAACCGCGCCGCGGAGGAGGAUGGCAGUGGGAGUUGGCCGUUGGUGAGUCAAUCAGUGGUUGAAAAUGGAAGCCAUGAGGGAUCUAGUCUCGAAUCAUCUGUACCUCCGCACCCACUGGGCAUCAAACCCCUAGGCAACAAGUACUUCUCCAACGAACCGGAUGCGCGGAGGUUCAUGGGUGUCUUGCAGGUCCUGCCGGACGAGAUGCUAAUGCAACUGCUUGAACACUUGGAUGAGCGGAGCUUGAGACUGCUGGGAUAUACAUGCAGGUUUCUCUUUGCCUGCUGCGUAGCUGACGACAUCUGGAAGACGAUAUUCUUAGAGUCAGAGUUCCGCCACAAGACCUCCUUCCAGUGGCGAGGAUCUUGGAGAGCGACGGUCCUGGGUCUGUCGCCCGAACAGAAGAUCAGGAUAGACUGCAGCAGUGUCUUUUCGGAUGUACUACACAGACCGUUUGUGUGCAGUCAUAUCGCUCUACGUAACUACACCGAGCACAUCCCCGCAGCCAACGAGAUUGAUCGUUUCGAAGAUCUCUCGUACGAGGAGUUCGCAGAGAAGUGGAGCAAGAAGCCCUUCGUCCUGACGAAAUGCAUCCAGCCUUGGCCAGUCACCAAGUCAUGGAGCUUGGAGAGCCUUCUCUCGCAAAAUGCCGAUGUCGUCUUCCGAGCGGAGGCGGUGGACUGGUCAUUCGCUACGUACUACCAGUACAUGCGAAACAACCAGGAUGAGAGCCCCCUUUAUCUGUUUGAUCGGAAGUUUGCCGAGAAGAUGGCGCUGGGGGUCGGCAAGGAGGAAGGGUCGGCCUAUUGGAAACCCGACUGCUUCGGGCCGGACCUGUUCGAGCUCCUCGGGGCCGAGCGUCCGGCGCAUCGCUGGCUCAUCAUCGGACCCGAGCGUAGCGGAUCUACCUUCCACAAGGACCCUAAUGCGACGAGCGCCUGGAACGCCGUGAUCCAGGGCGCAAAGUACUGGAUCAUGUUUCCUCCCUCAGCAUCCGUGCCUGGAGUGUUUGUUUCCAGAGACAGCAGUGAGGUCACCAGCCCACUCAGCAUCGCUGAAUGGCUCCUCGAGUUCCACGCAGAAGCGCGCAAGCUGCCGGAGUGCAGGGAAGGCAUUUGCAGAGCGGGCGAAAUCCUGCAUGUCCCGAGCGGCUGGUGGCAUCUCGUGGUGAACCUGGAGGACGGGAUUGCGCUGACACAAAACUUUGUGCCCGAGUCUCACCUCGGCGGUGUUUUGUCUUUCUUGAGGGAUAAGGCAAGCCAGGUGUCCGGCUUCAAAAGGGACAUUGUCGACCCUUACAGCCUUUUCGUUGAACGCCUAAGAGAGGAGCGUCCUAACCUGCUGGAGGAAGGUCUCCGGCAGUUGGCCGAGAAGAAGAGGCGAUGGGACACCGUGGUGGGCGAUGACGAAAGCUCCAGUGACCGCCCACAGAAGAAGAGCAGUGGCUUUAGCUUUGGUUUCGGCUUUGGCGAUGAGGAAGAUGAUGAAGAAGAGAGACCCUGA